UAGUUAGCCAUCCAGAAACGUAGAGCGUUACACACAGAAAUGUUCCUCCAGAUUGUGACUACGUUAGCCCUGCUGCUUGCCAUCGCAAAUGGCGCAGCGAUACCCUCAGGACUAGAGCAAAAGUCCACGCCGGAUGGCAGGAUAGUGGGUGGCACAGCGACAUCAAUUGAGGAUCAUCCAUGGCAGGUUUCAGUGCAAAAGUCAGGAGGACACUCUUGCGGUGGCUCCAUCAUCAGCAACAACAUCAUUGUGACCGCCGCCCAUUGCCUGCAGCCCCCAGUCACAGCUUCCAUUCUCAAAAUUAGAGCCGGGUCCAACAAGCGAACCUAUGGCGGCGUUUUGAUCGAAGUGGCUGCUUUCAAGGUGCACGAGGGUUACAACUCUGUGACAAAAGUCAACGACAUUGGAGUGCUGCGCCUCAAGACGAAGCUGACCUUUGGUUCCACCAUCAAGGCCAUCACUAUGGCCACUGCCACUCCUGCCCAUGGUUCCGCAGCCAGCAUUACUGGCUGGGGAAAAACCUCCCACGACGGCAGUUCCUCCUCGGAGCUGCUCUUUAUCGACACCAAGAUCGUGGGGCGCUCGCAGUGCAGCAGUUCCACCUACGGAUAUGGAUCUUCCAUACGGGAGACAAUGAUCUGUGCGGCGGCAGCCAAUAAGGAUGCCUGCCAGGGCGAUUCCGGUGGUCCUCUAGUAUCUGGAGGCCAACUCGUGGGCGUUGUCUCCUGGGGAGAACAAUGCGCCCUUGCCAGGUAUCCUGGUGUCUUUGCCAACGUGGCCGAGCUGCGCGAUUGGGUGCUGCAGGCCCAGAAGACCGUCUAGCUUAAGUCAAGUGCAAAAGCAAUAAAAAGCAACUCAUAGUCGUAAAUGC